AUGAUCGGAAACUUCGACAAAAGAACCAUUCCAGGUUGUAUAUGUGUGUUUUUGUUUUUAAUGACUCACCACACAAGCGGUUUACCAAAGGACAAUGCGUUUAAAAAAGUGAUUAAAGGCGAGUCCCUGAUACAUAUUCUUUUGAUAAUGAGAGCGAAUUCUACAUACGGACUGGCGGAUGUUUUGUCUAACACUCCACCUUGUCCAGGCAUGCUACGGUCCAAGUCUAGCUUUGAUCGUCAGAUAAUAAACAGCGACUACUACGGAAGUAGCUUGUUAGAUGUAUGGAAAGAACAUACCCCUGAUCACGUCAGUCUGUUAAUCACCAACUACAAAGGAGACAUUUUGUGGGGUAGCAGCUUCCGUGUCCAAGACAAGAAUUCGUCCGAGCUUCAUACCUGGUUCCAGUCGGAAAACAUUGUACAUGUCGAAGAUUACAUUGAUUAUCUCGAACCAUCAGCAAAUCUUACUACAACUAUUGGAACUCCAGGGUUCUCUGCGACCUUACAGAAGACAACAAACAACAACACCGCAUAUCUAGCCAUCAAACAACAGAGUGAGAACAUAUCCAGCUGCUCAAAGAGGCCAUCAUCUUUUUAUUUUUCAAGUUCAUCUAGUGCACCAUUUGAAGUGUGGAAAGGUUAUCAAAAUGUGGACGCACCACUGACUCAAACUGAAGCAGUGCUGAAAACAACUAAUGUGACAGAGAGGAAUGAAACGAAGGUAGACUUCGGGAAUCAAACUGCCUUUGUAACCGCUGUUCAUGUCUAUAACCAAGUUGGAAACAGUAUGCCAGCAAACCCCUGUCAAUAUCAGCUGUUUUAUUCUACACAAGACUGCACCACGGAUAAAUAUCAUUCGUUUGGACAUAAUAUGACCUACGAUUGUGGCGAGAAAGUCUACCUGAGGAGAGGGGUCCAGCGCGUGAGAUGUUUGCUGUUUACUUUACCUGACCUUACAUAUGCAGACAUUGACAUUUACGGUAUUGAAGAAGCGUACAUAGCUGGGCCGGUUCUAAUCUUGUUGGGACACUACGACCAUAAUCCUUUGCAAGAUGACGCAGUCUCAUCGUCAAGUGUUUCCGAUUGGGUUGUUAAAUCGUCGAUGCUACAGGCAACAGAAACCGUUUCUACAACACUAACCGUUUUUACCACGGAGACUGUUUCCACCACAACCAUCACAACUCGAUCAGUUUGUGUUUCUGUUCUAGACUAUGAAACCGUUGUGGAUGAAGAACCCGCAAAGAGCUGCUGUUUUUGUGAUUGUUCUAUGUACAUAGCCUACUAUAAGUGGAACAGCAAAACCUCAACAAAAAGUACAGAUUUGGUUUCGGUAACUAAUGAACUGAAAGCGAACACGUCGGUAAAGAAGACAAUUCUUUCGUCUUAUGUCAGAACUAAGACGUGUGCCUUCGAUCCACGACCAGCUGCCCGCUAUGUAGGCACCUGUGGAAUAUUUUUGAUAAUCGUCGUUCUUGUCUGUAUUAUUCUCGUCGAUAUCUCGUCCUGGAGGACCCACAUAAGGACGCUACGCCAAGAUGUCCAUAACUGUACAUCGUGA